ACUCACAAUGUGGAUGUAUUUGGUUGCUGUUAUCGUCAUCCUGGCGUCAGUAUGGUUGUGGCAGAGGAUAGACAGUUUCCGUGUGUUCAAGAAGUUGGGAAUCAACGGUCCUCCGCCAAGCCUCAUAUUCGGAAAUCUCACAGAAAUAAGGUCCCAGCCGGUUUGGAUGGCAUACAGAAAGUGGGAACAGUUGUAUGGAAAAACAUUUGGGGUCUUCUUCAUCAAUUCUCCCAGUAUAGUGACUUCGGAUCUCGAUUUUCUGCAAGAAGUCUUUGUCAAACAGUUCAGUAAAUUUCACCAUAGAGCAAUUCCUGAGUCUAUAGAUGCAGAAGACGAAGAAACGGACAUGCUUUUUGCCAAAGGAAAACGGUGGAAGCGAUUGCGUGUAAUCAGUAACCCAACCUUCUCGUCUCUUAAAAUGAAGCAAACACAAGAGACAAGCAAAAACAUAUGUAUCCACUUUGUAAACAGUAACGCCAAUGACACAGAUUAG